AUGCUGCUUUCUCGCCAUUCCUGGCCCGUGGCGGUGGCUCGUACGGCUGUGGUUGCCGUGGCUUUCAUCAUUGGCUGCCUCAGUCUCAGAUUCACCCAGGGUACAGCCAGAAUGCUUCUCUAUAGACAUAAGAAGGCGUUCCACGCCGUCCUCAACUUGACCAAGCGCCAGUUCGUCCAGAUUUUGACGUUUCUCACCGUGUUGAUCAACCCGCUGAGAAUCGCCGUCACCUACGACAAAAACCACCUUCCUGAACUGACCCUGUUCAGGGUAGACUCCAAGGGCAACCUCAUCCUGAGCAUUGUGCCCAACUCCGUGUGGAUAUGCAACCACCAGAUCUACACCGACUGGUUGUUUUUGUGGUUUUUGAACUACACGGGCCGUUUUGCCGAUUGCGUCUACAUUGUGCUCAAGGCGGCUUUGGCCAACAUCCCCAUCUUGGGCCCGGGAAUGCAGAACUACAAGUUCUUGUUUCUCCUGAGAAAAUGGGACCUCGACAAGGUCAACCUUACAAACAGCUUGCUCGAAAUAGAUGCCGACGCCAGGGGCAUGGGCCCCGCUUCCGGCGUGUCUCACCUUACUUCAACCUCAGAGUCCACCACGCUACCGGGUGUGCUGAUCUGGCCCAAGGGCAAUGUUCCCGAGGCUGCUAAGGGCACCACGGCGCUCUGGCCGUACCAAAUGAUCAUUUUCCCUGAAGGCACGGUCAUUUCGCCGCAUACGAGGGAACGUCUGAACAAGUUUGCCAAGAAGCUAGGCAGACCCGAAUUGAAGCACACUUUGCUUCCUAGAGUCCGUGGCUUGUUCCUCAUGUUGCGGUCGUUGAGAGACACCGCCGAGUACGUCUACGACGUGACCUGCGGCUACACGGGUCUCACGGCGGAGGACUACGGAGAAGAUGUGUUCACCUUGAAGGCAUACUAUAUCAAAGGCUACGGUCCCUCGAAGAUCAACUACCACAUCCGUGCAUUUGCCAUCAAGGAUAUUCCUUUGGGCGACGACGAUCUGGCUGACGUGGACAACGUGCCACCCGAGACCUUGGCUGCUUUUGAAAAGUGGCUUCUCGAUAUCUGGGCCGAGAAGGACGAGCUCAUGAAGGUGUUUUUUGAGAAAGGCCUGUUUGAAAGCGAGGGCACGCACACGGUCGAGGCUGAUUUCAAAUUGCGUUCUCGCCACGAGGUGUUCCAGGUACUAUUGGUUCCAGCCACUGCUAUUCUAUUGGCUAGAUGCGCCUGGAUUGGGGUUCGUAAGUUAGUGCAGAUUUAUGCCUAA